AUGGCUUUCCAUACCUUUUGGGAGAAUCAAGAUAUCUUUAGGGAGAAUCCAGAUACCUUUAGGGAGAAUCCAGAUACCUUUAGGGAGAAUCCAUAUACCUUUAGGGAGAAUCCAGAUACCUUUAGGGAGAAUCCAUAUACCUUUAGGGAGAAUCCAGAUACUUUAAGGGAGAACCCAGAUACUUUGAGGAAGAAUCCAGAUACUUUUAGGGAGAACCCUGAUACCUUUAGGGAGAAUCCCGAUACCUUUAGGGAGAAUCCCGAUGCCUUUAGGGAGAAUCCAGAUACCUUUAGGGAGAAUCCAGAUAAUAUUAGGGAGAAUCCAGAUACCAUUAGGGAUAAUCCAGAUACCAUUAGGGAGAAUCCAUAUACCUUUAGGGAGAACCCAAAUACCUUUAGGGAGAAUCCAGAUACCAUUAGGGAGAAUCCAGAUACCAUUAGGGAGAAUCCAUAUACCUUUAGGGAGAACCCAAAUACCUUUAGGGAGAAUCCAGAUACCAUUAGGGAGAAUCCAGAUACCUUUAGGGAGAAUCCAGAUACCAUUAGGGAGAAUCCAUAUACCUUUAGGGAGAACCCAAAUACCUUUAGGGAGAAUCCAGAUACCAUUAGGGAGAAUCCAGAUACCAUUAGGGAGAAUCCAGAUACCAUUAGGGAGAAUCCAUAUACCUUUAGGGAGAACCCAAAUACCUUUAGGGAGAAUCCAGAUAUCUUUAUUGAAAAUCCAGUUGACUUUAGGGAGAAUCCAUAUUACUUGAGGGAAAAGACAGUUAUCUGUAUUCUCCCUAAAGAUACCUUUUGGGAGAAUCAAGAUAUCUUUAGGGAGAAUCCAGAUACCUUUAGGGAGAAUCCAGAUACCUUUAGGGAGAAUCCAGAUACUUUAAGGGAGAACCCAGAUACUUUGAGGAAGAAUCCAGAUACUUUUAGGGAGAACCCUGAUACCUUUAGGGAGAAUCCCGAUACCUUUAGGGAGAAUCCCGAUGCCUUUAGGGAGAAUCCAGAUACCUUUAGGGAGAAUCCAGAUAAUAUUAGGGAGAAUCCAGAUACCAUUAGGGAUAAUCCAGAUACCAUUAGGGAGAAUCCAUAUACCUUUAGGGAGAACCCAAAUACCUUUAGGGAGAAUCCAGAUACCAUUAGGGAGAAUCCAGAUACCUUUAGGGAGAAUCCAGAUACCAUUAGGGAGAAUCCAUAUACCUUUAGGGAGAACCCAAAUACCUUUAGGGAGAAUCCAGAUACCAUUAGGGAGAAUCCAGAUACCAUUAGGGAGAAUCCAGAUACCAUUAGGGAGAAUCCAUAUACCUUUAGGGAGAACCCAAAUACCUUUAGGGAGAAUCCAGAUAUCUUUAUUGAAAAUCCAGUUGACUUUAGGGAGAAUCCAUAUUACUUGAGGGAAAAGACAGUGCGAAGAUUAUUUCCAAUCUGA